CUAUCAAAUUGAAAAACGAAAGUAAAUACUCAAAGUUGAAAAGAUGUUGCCCGUAGUCAUUUAAUGAAAAAAAGAAGUAAACAGCGUCUGGAAAUGACGACUGUUGAUAAAACUGACAAAGAUAACCCGAGGACAUCCUUGUGUAUAGUAGAUCUACAUCCAGAUGUCACAAACGCAGAGUUGUUUGAUGCAUUUUUAACAGCAGGGCCAAUCCGAUGGAUAUGUGUUUGUAGAGACAAAAUCACAAAACUUUCGCUUGGGUAUGGUUUUGUAAAAUUUGAAAAGAAAGUAGAUGCUAAAAGAGUCAAAAGAACAAUAGAUACUUUCAAAGGUCAACCAAUCAGAAUCAUUUGGUUGGUAGAGGAUGGCAAUGUUUUCAUCAGGAAUCUGGACAAAAACAUGGAUUCUAAGGCAUUAUAUGACAUAUUUUCUGCUUUUGGUGAUAUAGUAUCCUGUAAGGUUAUAUGUGACGAGUAUGAUUCUUGUGGCUACGGAUUUGUCCUUUUUAAAACAGAAGAAGCAGCCAGAAAUGCAAUACUCAGAUCCAAAGGCAUGUUACUAAAUGGAAUGAGAGUUUAUGUUAGUCGAGAAAUGCACCAAGACGAUAUCAUUAAAAUCAUGGCUGACAAGACAAAGAAAUUUAACUAUGUGUAUGUAAAAAAUAUCAGCAUUAAGAUGUCGGAAGAAGAAUUAAAGGAGAUAUUUGAGCCGUAUGGCAAAAUUACCAGUGUAAAGAUAGAGACAGAUAUCAAGAGUGAACACUUUGGGUUUGGGAUUGUUUGUUAUACAAAGUCAGACGACGCUCAAAAGGCUGUCGAAGAACUUAACGGUAUAAUUAUCCAAGAGAAAACCUUAUAUGUGAGCAGAGUACAGGAUACAUCAGCGAUACACGAGGAAAUGAUAGACAAAAAUGAGGAAAUCAGAUUGAAAGAAAACAAUCAGUGCGAGAGUCUCAUUGUUUUGAACAAAAGCUGUAGUGAUGAAACAUGUGACAGACUGAAUUUUGGAACGAUUUCAAGUACUAAGGGACACUUUGAUAGUAUACAGAGUCCGAAUUUCCCAUCAGCUGACCAGGGAUGUAUGUCUUCUACAAUGACACAGGGAGUUCGGAAUGUCUAUGCUCCCACAACGGUCCAACAGAUAGGGCCAAUUCCGAGAUGGCAUACACAGCUUAGACAGCACACACCAACAGGUGGACUCUACAAUAUGCCUAGACCACAGACAAGAACUGCAUAUCCUGCAACUGUUGGAACAGAAAUAACAGGUCAUGUCAACAUAAGAAUGCAUGCUGCCAUGUUGGUCAAUGCAUACCAACAGGAACAUAAGCAGAUGUUAGGACAACGUUUGUUCCCGUUGAUUCAAAUGAUGCAUCCAGCCCUUGCAGGAACGAUAACUCAAAUGUUACUGAAAAAAGACAAUUUAGAGUUAUCAAAAAUGUUGGAAUCUAAGGAGUUACUAGAGGCACAGGUUUGUUAUUAA